CGUUCUGUAUCGCGAGACUUGGAUGAGCGCAGCAGAGAAUACGCUAGCUGUCCUAGCUAACCGACAGAGCGGACUGAUUACCGACUGUUUUUCCGGUGAAACAUGAAUUUAACGGCUUCAGUCCGAUGAGUUGACAGCCGGCACACAGCCGUUAGUUUGGACUUUACUACCAGAUGGAUUUAAACACGGAAAGCCGGUCUCCCAGAGAGGAGCACGAGCUGGAAGACGGUGAAAUCUGCGAUGAUGAAACCGAGGAGAGUGUGCCUCUCCGGCGGGGGGAUGGUAACGGGAGCAGGCGUGCUCGCGGACGGGGCCGCGGCGCUUCUCAACGGUCCCGAAAACCUCACCAACGGCCGCACAACAUGCUGCCACACAUGGGCCACCCUCCGCCCGACUUCAGACACCUGAUGCCACCGUACAACCGCGGACCUCACGCGCACGAGCCGUUCCCCCUGAGCCACCGGCAGCAGUGCGGGCCGAGCGGGCCCGAGCGGCCUCCCGCCCUCUCCAACACGCCGCCGCCGGGGCCCCACGGAGCCCCGAACCCGAGGACCAGCUUCUGGGAGCGGAGCCACGGCGCCCUGGGCCGGUUCCGACACCGGGCCAUGCCGAACGGUGGCCGCGGGGGAUGGAGCCGAGGCGGAAACAGCCGAGGUCCCCCCGGCGGUCGUUACGGGCCUGCAGAGAGUCACGGUAACAAAAAGGACUCUCCCUCGAGAAAACAGAAGCCGGUGGGGAGGAACCCGGGCAGGAAACCUGCUCACAGUGUUUCUAAACCAGACCACAGUGUUGACGAGUCCUUCGAGGACCUUCUGUCCAAGUAUAAGCAGAUCCAGCUGGAGCUGGAGUGCAUCCGCAAAGAGGAGACCCUGGCUCUGGAGCCCAAAGGGGACCAGAAGCCAGACCCUCCCGCCAGUGUUACAGACACCAGACCAGACCCAGAGCCUCAGGCUCAGAGUCUGGGUCCUGCAGAGAGUCUGGGUCCUGCAGAGAGUCUGGGUCCUGCAGAGAGUCUGGGUCCUGCAGAGAGUCUGGGUCCUGCCCAGAGUCUGGGUCCUGCCCAGAGUCUGGGUCCUGCCCAGAGUCUGGGUCCUGCCCAGAGUCUGGGUCCUGCAGAGAGUCCGGGUCCUGCUGCAGAGGAAGUGUCCCAGCAGGAGGAGAAAGAGAAGAAAGUGUUCCAGGCGUUUAACAUCAAGCCUCUGCGCCUGAAGCUGCCGCCGCCGGCCAGCCUGGAGCAGCGGAGGCCUGGCGAGGACGAGAGAGGAGCUGCCGACGGGCACGCAGGUGAAGAAGAAGAAGAAGAAGUGGCUGCAGAGACAGAAGCUAAAGCUGAAGAAGAGUUGUCGGAGGAGGAGAAGAAGAAGACGAUGAUGGCGUGCGUGUGCUGCGGAGAGGAAACAGACGGAGAAGAGAAAACUAAACGCUGUCUCUGUCGGAGAGAGUCAUCGGCCUCCAGCGAGGACUCAGUCCUCUCUCCUGACAAGCCCGUGGUGAAGGUGGAGGAGGAGGAGCUGUCGGAGCUCCAGCUGCGCCUCCUGGCCCUGCAGUCAGCCAGUAAGAAGUGGCAGCAGAAGGAGCAGCAGGUGAUGAAGAAGAGCAAAGACCGCAUCACUAAAGUGGUCCAGGUGGCCGCCACCGUUGCCACGGCGCCCGGCAGCAGGCAGAGAGUCACCACCAGGUCUGCGUCUGCUGCUGCUGCUGCCUCGGCCGCUGCAGACCGGAGCAGAACCAGGUCCAAAGCUGUGGACAAGGACCGGGACCGGAGCAAGGCCGGGCCCAGAGCUGCAGACCGGGACCGGCCCAAAGCCAGCCCUAAACCAGGCCCCAAGGCCCCGCCGGAGAGACGCGGCGCUGCCAAGAAGAUGAUCAGUCCCGGCUCGGCAGCCAAGCAGGCCUUCAGGAAGCAGCAGCUGAGGACGUGGAAGCUGCAGCAGCAGAGGGAGCAGGAGGAGAAACGCCGACAGGAAGAGGAGGAGCGCCGCAAACGAGAGGACGAGAUCCGACGCAUCCGAGACCUGUCCAAUCAGGACGAGCAGUACAACCGCUUCAUGAAGCUGGUGGGGGGGAAGGCCAGGACACGCAGCAAGUCCAGAGACCGAGAGCACAGGAAGUCAGCGGGGAAACAGGGUCUGGACUCCUCGGGGAACCUCUACCAGUACGACAACUACGACGAGGUCGCCAUGGACACGGACAGUGAGACGGGCUCGCCAGUGUCGUCUCCGAGUCACAGCGCUCUGCCUCCAGACGAGCUGGCAGCGUUCCCUCGCCUGGCGCUGUAUGACUGCCCUCCGUUAGGACUGGACUUGUGUCAACCAUUCCUCCACCCCCCUCCCCCCCCUCUCCCCCCUCCCCCUGACGAGGCGGAGCCUCCGCCCAAACCGCCCUUCGCCGACGAGGAGGAGGAGGAGGAGAUGCUGCUCCGGGAGACCUGCCUCAUGUCCAUGGCCAACAAGAGAGUGGCUGCUCCAGAGGACCAGAUCUCCAGCAGCCCUGCGUCUCCCAGCUGUCCGACUGCUGCAGCCGUCCAGCAGCCAAUCAGAGGGAACCUCAGCUCCGUGAGUCUGAACGCUGCCGCUCCGUCACGCAGCAACAAGUUCAGCAGAGGACACCACGCUGCCAGGGCGCCGCUGCUGCUGCCUCGACAUAAGUCGGUGGUGGUCUCUCUCAACGACUCGGAGGACAGCGACUCGGACGGGGACGCCUGCAGCUCCACGCCGCCGGGCUUCGGAGGGCUGGAGUUCAUGAUCAAAGAGGCUCGGAGGACCGUGGAGGCGGCGAAGCCGAAAGCAGCCUCGGCCUCUGAGAAGGAGAACCACCCGGUCCGAACUCCAGAGGCUCUGCCUGAAGCCAAGAGAGCAGAGUACAGGCUGCUCAAAGAGGAGAUCGCCAGCCGGGAGAAGCAGAAGAUGCUGAAGGAUCCUCGCAGUUCUGUCUCUGCUGCCGUCUCCGACUCGCUGCUGGACUCUGCAGCCAAAGCCGCCGCCGAGCUGAAGCUCACCGAGGCCGAACAGAGAGUCCUCAGACACAGAGAGCUGCUGCAGAGGGACGAGGCCAUGCUGAGACAUCUGCUGCAGCAGGAGCUGAAGAAGAGAGAGUCUCUGAAGGCGGCCGAGGCCAAAGUGUCCAAACUGAGAGAACAGCUGGCAGCGUCGGAGAAGAUCGUCACCGCCAACCGCACACUGCUCAAGAAGCUGCAGGAACAGGUGCAGCGCGUGGACCACCGCGUGUCCCUAAAGAAGAGCCUGGCUGUGCGCUAUGAGCAGGAGCUGACCCAGCUGGCUGCAGCCAGAGGAUCCAAACGCAGGACCGACUCCAGCCUGGCUCUGCCUGUCAGGAAGCUGCAGCGUGUGGACGAGCGUCACUUUUCCGAGCUGAUGUCCCAGAAGCAGCGUCUGCAGCAGCUGGAGUCGGAGUACGCUCUGAAGAUCCAGAAGCUGAAGGAGGCUCAGGCUCUGCACAACCGCGCCGCCGCCGCCGCGGUGCCGGCCGAGCCGGCGGCGCGGGCCUCCCCCCCGCCGCCGCCGCCUCCUGCUGCUGCCGGGGAGCCUCCGAGCCAGGCUCCGCCCCCCUCCUUCCCGCCGCCGCAGCCCUCCCUGCACGACCUCACGCAGGACAAACUCACGCUGGACAGCGAGGACCUCCCCGAGGGAGAGGACUCGGAGCCAGCGCCCGCCGCCGUCCCAGGAGCUCGCAGGAGCUCUCUGCGCCAGUCCAGCGUGUCCUUCACCAAACCACACCUGGAGCAGCUGGGCACCACGCCGGCUAAAGACGCCAAGCCGGCCAACAACCCCGGCAACAACCCCGGCAACAACCCCGCCAGCAGCCCCGUGAGCCAGCCGGCCAGCGCUGCGGCGUGCGAGCCCGGCCGCUACCAGCAGCAGGCGCGGCUCGGAGAGCUGCUGCAGAGCGAGCUGCACACCGUGGGGGAGCCCCUCCUCGCCACCGCGGGGGAGCCGCUCCUCGCCACCGCCGCCACCGGGACGGCAGUCUCAGUGGACGUGGACGCAGCUACGAGCCAAUCAGGGAUCUCUGAUCUGAGGCCCGUCCCCUUUGGGUCCUAUCACAGUCCUCUGCUGGUCUUCAAGUCCUACAGGUUCAGUCCGUACUACAGGACCAAGGAGAAGCUGUCUCUGAGCUCCGUUACCCAUAGCAACACCAUUGAACCCAGGAAGUGUUUCUGUCGCUUCGACCUGACGGGGACCUGCAACGAUGACGACUGCAGAUGGGACAUCUAUAGAAAGAUAUAUCCUAUAAUUGUCUGCUCUGAGUCCAGCUCGUACGAUGACGUCAGCAUCUGCACAGAGAAGUACAUGAAGAAGCUGUUUGGGACCAACAAAGACCGUAUGGGCGUGGACCAGAAGGCCGUCCUCCUCGUCAGCAAAGUCAACGAAAGCAAACGCCACGUCCCUCCGUUCACCACGUGGAAAGACCCGCGGCGGUGGCGGCCGAAGCCGGCGGCGCCGAGCGGUGUGUGUCCCGAGGACGACAGCGAGGACGAGUCUGCAGGAGGACCGCUGACUGCCGGGAGACACGAUGGUGUCUCCAGGACCAGCCUGUCUGCGCUGGACGUCUGCGUCACAUCGGAGGACAAACGUUACUUCAUCAGCGAGACGGACGACAUCUCCAACCUGGAGACCAGUGUCCUGGAGAGUCCCCGAGACACGCAGCUGUGGAUCAAACUCGCCUUCAAGUACCUCAGUCAGAACGAGACGUCUGCAGCGGAGUGCUUGGAGGCGGCGCUGAACACGCUGUCCCGCGCCCUGGAGAGUAACUGUGAGAACCCCGAGGUGUGGAGCCACUACCUGUCUCUGUUCUCCCGGCGGGGCAGCCGCGAGGAGGUGCAGGAGAUGUGCGAGAUGGCCGUGGAGCACGCGCCCGACUACCAAGUCUGGUGGAACUAUCUGAAGCUGGAGAGCUCCUUCGAGGGGAAGGACUACGUGUGCGAGCGUCUACUGCACUUCCUGCUCUCCGAAGCAUCUUCUGGCGUCUCCGACAAACUGUCCUUCCAGCUGAUGGAGGCGCUGCUCUACAGAGUCCAGCUCAACCUGUUCACCGGGCGCAUGGACAGCGCUCUGGCUCUGCUGCAGAACGCCUUGAAGUCGGCCCAGGAGCGCAGCGUGGCGGAGCACCUGGCGCUGGGCGACCGGGCGCUGCUCUGGCUCGCCUUCAUCCACCUGACGGAGUUUGGGCGGCUGCCCUGCAGCCUGCAGGACCCGGCCGAGUCGGGCCCGUCCCGCCUGGUCAGCAGAGAGACCUUCCUGCUGCCCUGGAGGACACCGCAGGACAUCCGCACGCCGCCAGACAUCCUCAUCGCUCUCUUCCAAGAUGGCGUGCGUCAGUGCAGCGAUGAGUCUGUGUCUGCGAGGGAGAGGGCGCUGGCCUGUCUUCCUCUUCACACCAACCUCAUCUUCCUCAACACGCUGCUGGAAAGGUUUGAUGAGGGCGUGUCUCUGUGUGAGUCUCUGCUGCGGUUCUGUCCCGAGUCGUGCACUCUGAGAGACGCUCUGGCUGAGCUCCACAUCAGGAGGGGACAGACGGACCAGGCCGUCAGCAUGUGGCUCCAUGCUCUGGCCGAGUGUCCCAACAACGCCGAGGUCUUCUAUCACUCCGCCAAGUUCCUCAUGGCUCAGGACAAGUCGAGCGCCAUCACUCCUCUGUUCCGAGGAUUCAUCCUGUCGCUGUGCGAUGACCAGCAGAGUCAGAAGAAGCCCGUGGACGUCCUGCGACACAUGCUGGGUUUCUCCACCGAAGAUCUGCUGAGACGGCCAAUCAUCAGGGAGCUGCAGGAGACGCUGAGCCAGCAGACGCCCUACCUCCACCUCAUCCACUGUCGCUGGCAGUGGCUGCACGGCUCCGUGGAGGACGCGGUGGACGCCUUUGAGAGAGCGCUGGGGUCGGCCAUGCAGCGGGACGAGCUGCACAAACUCUGGAUGGAUUACCUGGUGUUCAGCAGCAGUCAGUCCAAACGGUUCUCAGAUCUGGUCCAGCGCUGUCUCAGCACCGUCCCGUCUCGUCUCGAGGUCCCCUUCAACCCGGCAGAGUUCUGGAGCUGCUACAGCUUCCACAACAAGGUGGUGACUCUGUACCUCAGCUGUCUGCCGCAGUCCCAGCAUGCACUUGUUCUGGAGAGACUGAGAUACGCCAUGCCCAACAACAUUGAACUGGGUCUGAGGUACAUACACACUCAGACACACACAUACAGGGACACACUGGGACACACACUCAC